AUGGCCUCUAUCAAGGCUGGCACGUGGGCAAGGUCGUCGACUCGUCCGCAUGUCCUCCUCAAAGUCCCUUAUGUUGUCACUCAGGUUGCGCAGCAUCUGAGGGCCGAACAGGGCCUGGCUAGAGAAGGCAUCUUUAGACUCUCGGGCAGAUCGUCCCAGGUCAAGGCGCUCAAGGAGGCCUUUAACUCAGGCAGAGCCGUGAACAUUGCUGCCACUUCGUCAGACGUCUUUGCCGUCGCUGCUGUCCUCAAGCUCUGGCUGAGAGAGCUGCCCGAGCCGCUGUUUGGCUUGGAUGUUGUCCGCGAGCUCCGCGCCCUCGCUCCCGACGUCGAGGCUGCUCGUGCCGACGCCGAGCCUGCUGCCCUUGUCGAGCGCAUCGGCUCGCUGCUCCGCGCAAGCUUGCCGCCAGCUGCCAUCGUCACCACCGUCUACCUCUUGGAGUUUCUUGCGGAAGCCGCCUCACAUGCGGGCAGGUCCAAGAUGGGCGCAGCAAACCUCGGCAUUGUGUUUGGCCCCAACCUGCUGCGGCUGCCGCGGACGUCUCCGGUUGAUGCACUCCAACACGCCAAGGCCGACGCCACCAUUGUCGCCUUUCUCAUUGACCAUGCUGCAGCGCUGGUAGCCAUCAUGGCUGACGCCGUUGUCGACAGCUCCGGCGGCGAGAGCAAGGCCGACGUCUCUGCGGCCGCCAGCGCUCUACUCGCCCGGGUCACCACGCUUGAGGAGGAGAAUGCCCGGCUGGGCUCGCAGCUUGCCGCCGCACAGGACGCGUUGGACACGCUGCAGUAUGAGCAGGGUGUGGCGCAGAGCCAAGAGCUGGUCAACGCCAAGCUCAAAAUCGCCACCGACCAGGAGAAGAUCGCCAUGCUCUCGAUCCGGCUCUCGCAGGCCGAGCACGCGCUCGCGUCUGGCGCAGGCCGCAUGCCGCUCGGGGCUAUGCACGAAGAGACCAUCCAGCUCUUCCAGAGCGAGCUUCGCAAGCUGCAGAUGGUCAACGCUGACCUCGAGAUGCGACUUGUUGAGCAGGCCGGCGGCAAGGUGACCGACACGCAGCUCACUGCCGCCAAUGCUCGGCUCCACAACGAGCUCAUUGAGGUCAAAAAAGAGCUAAUCGACGCCCAGCUCAACCUUGACGCGAGUAUAGCUUCAAACGCAGGCUCUCGCAUAGACUCGCCUGCCCCGCUCUCGCCGCCAGCCUCGCCGUCGACACCCAAGCCGUCGCGCAUACGGCCGGUUGCCACACCGGUCUCGCCGCUCUCGACGCCCGGCAAGAUGGCGGCCGAGAUCGAAAGGCUGCGCGCCGAGACUCUGGCUCUUCGCGAGGAGCUGACUGCAACCGGGGCUGAUUGCGGCGGGCCAGAGCUUCGGGCAACACAGGCUGAGCUUGCAACGGUGGCGGCCGAGCUGGCGUCGUCGCGGGCAGCCGAGACCCGGCUGCGCCUUGCGCUGGAAGCGAGUGACGCACGGAGCGGUGGGCAUCAGGACUAUGCGGCCGAUGAUGCUGGUCCGCCGACCCGUGACUAUGACGAGGUGGUGCGGGCAUACACGCAACUAUCGAACGAGAUGGAGCUUGUGGCCGGGAGAAUGGCUGAGGCCGAGGCCGAGGCUGGGGCGCUUAUGGACGAGUGCUCGUCGCUGCGGGCCGAGCUCCAGCUUGUGCACAAUGAGCGGCUCGAGUUGUACGAGGAGAACUCUGCACACGUCGAGUCGAUUGCGCAGCUGCAAAAGAUGCUCUACAACAUGCAUGUGGCGUCGGACGCCAUCGCCAAGCAGGUCGCUGCUACCCAGUCUGUUUUAGACGAGCUCGAGUCGGUCUACGCGCGGCUGGGCAACGCCGACGCGCUCAUCUCACAGCUCCGCGCCGAGAAACUGGCGCUCGAGUCCGAGUCGCUAGCGCUGCGGCGGGCCAAGCUUGCUGCGGAGACGCAGCUGUUCCGUGCCAAGGCUCCGCUGGACGAGCGGGCGAUGCCGGCCAAGCCGGUCGACGUCCCGCGGGUGCUUGCGUGGCUCGGGGCCGAGCUUUCGCCGGAGCUGGCGGCGCAAGUGACGGCGGCGGCGGCAGCAGACAGGUAA